CUCAGAGGCCCUCCCUGUGUGCCAGGGGCACCCGGGGGUGGCGGGGAAGGCGCGCAGCCAGGGGAGACCGAGUGAGCGGAGCCCGGGGACCAGGGAGCCACUUCUCUCACGCCCUCAGAGGCCUUGUGCACCAGAGAAGGGCGUUUCCCCCGCCGCAGCGGACUGCGGGCGGGAGAGCAGCGCCCGGCUAGCACGCACUCAGCACUGGGCUCGCUUAGAACCUCCACACGCAGGAGACGCCAGCUCCACACUGAGAGCUUCCAGAAGACGGGAGGAUGCCCUGGACGGAGACCUGAAGGAGUGGUGUACACACUGCGAGCCGACCUCUCGGGUAGAGGCAGACAGAGUCUGGUUUCUAUGUGCAGACUGGCUGCCCUGGGAACCAGGCUGGCCUCCAGCUCUGAGAUGGAACUACCCGGGGUUAAAGCGGCUCAUACUGUGUAGCUCUGGCUGCCCCGGAACGAUGGAGACCAGACUGGCUUCGAGCUCUUCACCGCCUCCGCCUCGCCUGGCUCCGCCUCGCCUGGCUCCCCCACCUCCAACGCCAGCGGCUGACGUGGACGCCUGGUUCAGCGAGGGAAGCCUCCGGGGCCCUGCGCCUGGCCCGCCGAGCAGGGCGAGGCUCGGAGGAGGCGGCGCCGGCGGGCGUGGCCCCCGUCCUGUCCCUGCUCUCCUCCGCCCUCAGGCCGACUCGGUGCGGAGUUCACUUGGCCUUGCGGGUCCUCUCCCCUGCUGGAACCGCCCGCCCAGGUCCCGCCGGGCUGUGCGGAAACUUCCGGGAGAAGUUUGUGGAAACUUCCGGGAGGAGCCCGGUUCCAGCGAGCUGGAGCUGGCUUCCAGGCGGAGGGCGGGCAAGCAGGGCCCCGCCCGGCCGGAAGCGGCCAAGACCCGCCCCGCGGCCCGCGAGCCGGGCGCGGACGGGCGUUUACUCGGUGUGUACUGGGCGCGCGGAGCGCGGAGCCCCGGGGCUGCUUGCCUCGGGGGAGGAGGAAGACCCCCUCCGGCUCUGGUUAAAAGUGCGACUUACAGUUGCCGACGUUCAAACGGCGGCCGGCCCCGCUGGGCGGCCCGCGGAGCCCUCCGGGAGGGAGCCGCCCCGAUGGUGGCCCGGCCCCGGUAGGGUCUCCGGGUCAGCCGAGGACACUCUGGAGGAGGGAAGGCCGGGGCCGGGCCCGCGCGCAGCGCCCGGCGUCGGCCCCCGCACGGCCCCCGGCCGCGGACUUGGAGUGUGGUGCUCUCCGGCAGGCCGGUGGGCACGGACACGGUACUCAGACACCGAUGCACCCAGACCCCGGCGACCCAGGCUGCCCCUGCCCCACUCAGCACGGCCUCUGCGUCCUCCAGAGUGCAGACGGGCGCCGAGCAACGCCCUCCACCCCAGCCCGCGGCUCGGCGAGGUCAAGGUCCCGCUGGUCCCCGCCAGGACGACACCGCGGGCCUCCUGCCCGCACCGCGGGUGCGCCGGGGACUUAGGGCACCUGUCCUCCCCCCUGGAGCUCAAGCCGCCCCAAGAGCGCAGGGCAGCCACCAACUGUCCUGGACGGCUGAGGGGACCUCAGAGCCUACCACAGCCACCGCCUUCCGGCUGCUGCCCUCCUUUUACUAACACUUCCUGCCUCAGAGACAGCCUUCCCACAGCUCUCCUCAGAAGAGGCAAUGUAGGCUUCAGCUGGAGAAAGAACCAACACCGUGUAGACAUGGCUGCCUGGAGCUCGCUGUGUAGACCAGGCUGGCCUUCAACUCUCUGAGAUCGGUUUACCGUUGCCUCCCAGGGCGGGGCUUGCAGGAUUAAAGGUGCUCCACUACA